AUGGAAUGGUUUCAGAGUAAUCAGACCACAAUGGAUGAAGUGGCACGAGAUAUGUUUGAUUUAAUCAUAGCCGAUUAUUUGGAUCAUUUGAUGUUCUGUGCGAAUGCUCCCAUGUCUGUCAAUAGUUCUUUGCCAAACAGCGAAGUCAGUUGUUUGGCCUCAUCCGGUAUCCCGGUUCAACCAACAAUCGCAUUGGGUGGAUUUAAAGGAAAAAACUACAAUGAAUCCACUUGUAUCGUGUUGACCUUUCUCGUGAACAACAAUCCGGAUCCGAGAUCACCCCAGGUGAAGAAAGCCGAAUUAUGGGAAUCUGAAUACAUUCGGACUGUGAACGAAUGGGCACGGAAUCAUAGUGAAACUGUAAUUGUAUCUUUCCAGGCUGAGCGAUCCGUGGAAGAUGAAAUCAAUCGUCAGUCAGAUGCCGAUAUCCUGAUCGUGCUCAUCAGCUAUCUGGUCAUGUUCGUCUAUGUGAGCAUUUUCUUGGCUUCUUAUCGGAGUUGCCGAACUCUUUUUGUGGACUUGCGCAUCACUCUCGGUCUGGGCGGUGUUCUGAUUGUGAUCCUAUCCGUGGUCUCCUCGGUUGGCAUGUGGAGCUAUGUGGGCACACCGGCCACACUGAUCAUUAUUGAAGUGAUCCCGUUUCUGGUUUUGGCUGUCGGUGUGGACAAUAUUUUUAUCCUGGUACACGAUUUCGAAUUUGAUGAACAAGAAGCGGACCAGAUUCUGUGCUCCGAGGAACGUCGUCAGAACUGUGCGGUGGGACGAUCCAAUCCGGAUUGGGCUUCACAAGUCGGAGAUGAUGUGCCGUUGCAUCCGCAUCCGAAUCUCACACAGACUAUUCGUGCGAUUGUGGCCGCUCGCGUCGGUCGAACACUCGGUCGUGUGGGACCGUCCAUCCUGUUGACCAGUGUUGCCGAAUCGGUGGCUUUCUUUUGUGGCUCUCUGACCUCGAUGCCAGCCGUGCGAGCGUUUGCCUUGUACGCCGGUGUAGCUAUUCUGUUCAACUUCCUGCUCCAAAUAUUCGCAUUUGUCGCCUUGCUCACUCUGGACGCUCGUCGACGUGCGGUAAGUAUGAACAUCACUUACACUAUCCUGUUACAAAUCAUUUUCCUACAUUGA